AGCUUCACAGAAAGGAAACAAGGCGCAGCGCUGCGAUUGAACGUUUCCUUUGUGUUUCCUUUCUUUUUUUUCCCUUUCGCCCUGCAAACGUACGCGCAUUGAGCGUUCAAGAAAGCUCGAUUGCGCUGCUUUUGCGCGAAGAGAAGAGAGGCAAAGCCCAACACCGGCAGUAUCGCCGCGUUGAAUUAGAAUUUCGCGUGCAAGCACAAAGACGACGCAUUUCUGCUCGUACCGACUCUUCGAUACACACAAGCACACACACACGGCGUUUAAGGAAAAGGAGCCAAAGACCCCACGAAGAUGCUCCGCAGUUUGCCUUCACGUGCUGCGCGCGCGUACUGCACGCCGAAGGCCGUCGCGAUUACCGCGAACUUUGGUGCGCGUUUCUUGAGCACCACGACGGCUCCCACGACGGCUCCCACGACGGCAGCACCCAAAGAGACCACCUACGGUGUCGUGCCGGACAUUCCGAAUCUCAACUUUCUUUCCAGCCCCGACAACCUGCUCGGUACCGUCGAUGCCACGGUUGAUAUCUGCGAAAAGAUGCUGAAGGCGGUCCCGAAGGCGCCGACGCCGCAGGCGAAGCACGACCUCAUCGAUUCGACCAGCAAUGUCCUGUGCCUCCUGCUAGACCCCUGCGAGUUUGUGCGUCAGAUCCAUCCUGAUGAGAAGUACAAGCGGACGGCCUCCCUGGCCUUCCAGAAAGGGUACGAGUACAUGUGUGAGGUCAACUCACGGCGCGAGCUGUACGACGUGAUCAGGGAGCUGGAUAGCCCAGUAGGCCGGAAGGGACUGUCUCCCGAGUCGAUCCGCAACGUGAUACAACUGAAGCGUGACAUGGAGAACAACGGCAUCCACCUGCCCGACGUGCAGCGUGCCAAAGUGACGGAGAUGAACAUUGAGAAGGAGGAGCUGGCGAUGCGGUUCUUGACGGAGCAGGGCUCUGCGAACCCUUUUGGUACCCUGCGCUACCUGCUGCAGUGCCGCUACGAGCUUGCCCAGACCCUCGGGUUUGAGAGUUUUGCGGAGCAGCAGCUGCGCGGUACGAUGUUAGAGAACCAGGAGAACGUGUGGCACUUCUUGUGCAGCAUCGCCAGCAAGUAUCGCCCGCAGGCGGAGGCGGAGAUGGACCGCAUUCGAAAGAACGUCGGCGAGGUGCGCAACCGUGCUAACAUCACCGACGAGUUUCGCGCACGCGUUUCCGUAUCGAUGCGCCGCGACGCCGAGCCGGAGACGGCGACGGAGUACUUCUCGGUGGCGAACUGCAUUCGUGGGAUUCAGUGCCUCUGUUCUGAGGUGUUCGGUGUGAAGCUGGAGGAGGUGCCGUUUAACCCCGAGGAGAUAUUCAACACCAGCGCCAAGAAGUACCACGUGUUCGAUGAGGGGAAGCAGUUCCUCGGCGUCAUUGUGCUGGACAUGUACAUGAACGAGAUGAAGUACUGCCAGGCGGGCCACCUAACGCUGCAACUCGGCUGUGUGCCGCACGCCGACGCGCUCGCCACGGUCGGCCUCGUGCUGCCGAAGCGGCAGUACCCCGUCGUGGUGCUCACUGCCAACGUCGGCGCGCUGAAGCCGGUGCAGCGUCGCCCGGACGGCACCUACGACGACGAGGCCACGUUGAUGCAGCCGCACGAGGUGACCACCGUCUUCCACGAGUUUGGCCACGCGAUGCACACCAUCUUUGGCCAGACGCAGGUGCAGAACCUUGCCGGGACACGGUCCAGCAUCGACUACGUCGAGACCUUCUCGCAGCUUUUUGAGCAGUUCCUGACCUCCCACGAGUUCCUCAAGCUGUGGGCCCACCGCAUUAACACGCGCGAGCCGAUUUCCUUCGACAUUGUGCAGAAGCGCAACGACGCGGCGAACAUGUUCAAGCACCUGGACAUGCUGGACCAGGUGGUGCUCUCGGCGGUCGAUCAAGCCCUACACGGACCGCAGCCGCUGACGGUGUACUUCCCGCACGGCGAUCAGGGCCACGUCGGCAAGCGCACCUUAGGCGAUAUGGGUGACUUCGGCCGUGGUGCCUUUAACAUGGCGAAGGCUCUCAUCCAAGUCGCCAAGCCGCUUUCGGUGGCGGAGCCGACAGAGACGGGGGUGCUGACCACGCUCUCCUUUGAGCACCUCUCCGGCUACCCCGCCGGCUACUACGGCUACCUCUACAGCCUGAGCGUGGCGCGUCGCAUUUGGACGAGGAAGUUCGAGCGUGAUCCGCUGAACCGCGCCGCCGGGCGUGAGUUGGUGGAGAAGGUCAUGUCGCACGGCGCGGCCUGCGACCCGAAGGAGACGAUCGAGAAGUACCUCGGCGAUGAUCUGAUGGACAUUGACAUUUGGGCGUAA